GGAUUCUCUCAGUUUGCAGUUGGUGCCUGACAACUGCCUCUAUGUCAUAUUUUGCAUCUGCUCCUUUGCAGUAGGUCCUUGUCCUUCCCUUCCCAGUAUAUAAAGUACAUGGCUAGAUUGUCUGAUGUUUUUCUGAGCUUUUUUUUCCUCAUAUCUUUAAUGUAGGAAUUUGAGCGUAUCAACAUGUUCUGGGGCCUGAUUUUAAAUGUCUGUUUUAUUUCUCAUUACAAGUUUGGUUCUAGCCAUAUAAAGGAGGGCCUGAUCAUGGAGCAGGACCCAGAGAGCCGGGACUCCAUCGAGAACUUUACCACUGACUAUAAGAUCAUAAGAACCCUGGGAAGGGGACGAUUUUCAGUGGUAAAAAUGGCCUACCACGUCCCAACCCUCACCUGUGUAGCUAUAAAAGUUCUCAAGAACACCGAGAAGUGCUCCUCAGUGAUGAGCAGGGAAGUUGGCAUUCUAAAGUCCCUGGGCCAUCCUCAUAUCAUCAAGGUGGUCGAAGUGGUCCAGACAAGAGAGGCCACCCACCUGGUCAUGGAGCAUGCCUCUCAGGGAGACCUACUGGACCGAAUCCGGGAAUGUGGAUAUUUAAAAUCGUGGGAGGCCCGAAGAAUGUUUAGACAGAUAUUAGAGGCAGUACAAUUCUGCCAUGACAAUAAUAUUGUCCACCGAGACAUAAAGGCCAACAACAUUUUGAUAGACGGAAGGUGGAAUGCCAAGCUCUGUGAUUUUGGCCUAGCUGCUAAAACACUUCCUGGGCAGAAGCUGAUUGAUUUCUGUGGCACGCUGCCAUACUGUGCGCCAGAAUUCUUUGAAGCUGAGGAAUAUGAGGGCCGCCCAUUUGACGUAUGGAGUGUAGGUGUCCUCCUCUUCUUCAUGGUGACUGGGCACUUGCCUUUCCUAGGCAAGUCAUUUGCAGAGGUGAGGAGACAAAUCAGUUCAGCCAAUUUCAGCAUUCCGCCUCACGUUGCCAACGAUAUUUUCAAUGUUAUAGUGGAAAUGCUGAUGAUAAAUCCCAGCAGGAGGCCCAGCAUCCAGCAAAUUAUGAUGCGCCCCAUGAUCAAAGACAGCCAGGCCUACUCACCACCGACAUCCAUACAGAUGUUCACAGGAACACCAAGCCCUAGCACCAUCAAAGCCAUGAGAGUCAUGAGGCAUACACCUGAGAAAAGCACUGAGUCUCUGAUAGACCAAAAUAUCAACGAGGUGCUGGCAACAUACUUGAUUCAACAGCACAAGCCACUCAGGAAAGUCUGCACACACCACCAAGUGGAGUCAGGUCUAGAAGAUCUUUACUCCUUCCCUCGUUUUCUUAAGAGAAAGGGACCUCUUCUCUCCUCCUUCACCUUGUCCUCACAUUCAUCCAAUAUGAGGGAGAAGAAGGAUAGGAAGAAAUCCAGGAAGGUUGUCAGAAGGCAUGCUGUAGGCUACCAGCAAACAAGGACCAACACUCUCCAGCUCGACCUCCUGGACUAUCCUAUAGCUGAAGAAUUCAAGGAUAACAGGCUGCAAAUCAGGAAGACAUUCUCAGACUCCAAGACUGUGUUUUCUUGUAGUCUAACUGAACAUAUCCAGUCACCUCGACUUCAAUACACCUAUUCCACUACAGCAGACAGGAAUGUGUCUUCCUUCAUACCGCCACAUGAUUUCUGUGCAUCACUGCAGACACCUAAGGGGAUAAGCCUUGCAGGCUGUUCUGGAGAUACCUGGCAGAGAGAGACAGUUGUGGACGAAAACACCUUCAUCAAGGAAGAGGCCAUGGUUCAUGAAGAUACCGUCACUAGUGGCCAGCCACAAGUGCCUUGCCCAGCUUCCCGUCGGGGAUGGCGUUACCACUGGAAGGGGUUUAAAAAAACAAUUAGUAGAAGCCUUCGAAACCUGUGCUGCUGUCUGCCACCACCAUCGGAAAAUCAAGUCUCCUGCAAUAACUUGGCUCUCAGGAAGAGAGGAGAACAUUGUGUCACCCACAGGACCAGUCCUGAAGAACAGCAGCCUCAGCUCCAUGGCUUUUAAGCCAGUGGUGGGGGUUGGCCUGGCUGAAGAUUAUACAGUCUCAGAGGAGCCAGGCCAGACGUCCAGGUGCCUGUGUGCUUGCAGGCCCCUUCUCCAGAGGAAGAGCUGUCCACACCACAGCAAGGUCUCUCCAGUCCUGAAGAACAGCAGCCUCAGCUCCAUGGCUUUUAAGCCAGUGGUGGGGGUUGGCCUGGCUGAAGAUUAUACAAUCUCAGAGGAGCCAGGCCAGACGUCCAGGUGCCUGUGUGCUUGCAGGCCCCUUCUCCAGAGGAAGAGCUGUCCACACCACAGCAAGGUCUCUCCAGGCCAACUUUCAAAUGUGUAACAGGAUUCCUACCUGUGUCACAGCCUCCUCGAAGGAGGAGGGACAGGUGUUAUGAGCAGAGUCAAAAGAACAACUUAAUGAUGGAGAAGCAAACUGGUGUGGCCCUACCUCAUGCCAGCUUCAGGCCUCCACUGGAUCCAGGCAGCCAAUGACUUUUGAUCCUGCUGGACAACGGACUGGACACAAUGAGUGGCCUGAUGAGUGGACCGUUGGACCAUUUGGACUAAAAUCCAUGUAUAACAAAAGGGUCUCCAACAUCCUGCUCCUUCCACUAGGAGGGCAGAUGAAAGGAAGAUGCUCCAAGAUAUAGAUUUCUUGGGGCUUUUUUUUCUCUGUGUUUUCUUUUGAAGCUUGUAAGGUUUGCUUUUUAUUCCUCUUAUUUGUAUAUAAUUUUGUUCAUACAUUUGUAUUUAUCUAAUAUUUUAAUGUUUUAAUUGAAACAGUGACAUCACCUCCCUCUUUUGUACCUCCUCUCCAAACUCUCCCAGCUAUCCUAUAUCAAACAUUUCUCAUGCCUUCACUCUUAAGUUUAUAGACUCCUUUAUGUGCUUAAAUUUGUUAUAUAUUUUUACAUAUCUUGUGUAUCCAGAAAUAAAUAUAAAUAUACCUGCAGA